AUGUUAGCCACAAAGUACCUGACGUUUCUGAAUCAAGCACGAUGUUUCUCCGUAUCUUCAGGUAAUAUUAUUUUAUGUAUUUAUAUUGUUUUAGUGGAUUUGAACGCAAACAGAGCUUGUCUCGGCCGACCUAGUCGAACGAAAUACGUCAAGCAGUACAAGGUGACGUUGAUGAAUUCAGAUGGUUCCACUGUUGAAGCCAGGUAUCCGAAGCCAUUGCAUUUUGUCAGAUUACCAUUGGAUCUAAGAAUAGCAGAUGAAAGUGAGAGACGACAGAGAUUGGCGUUGAGGAAACCUCAAGUCAAGAGGAUCAAGGAAGAGGUCAUCGACGACAACUUUGAUGCUUCUGAUUAUUUGAAGUAUUUUAAAAAAUAA